AUGAAUCUGAAAAAAGUGCUUUACAUUGAAUUGUUCCUCUUUUUUGUCGGUCAGUUCCUCAUCUUCCUCAAUACUUUCCUCUCUCUUUCUCUCUUCCAGAAAUGGUUUGUGCCGAAUUCCAACUGUUCCGAAUGGAAAGAGCCCUGGCGGUGUGUGAAGUGAAUCUGGAAAACGAGACAAUUGUGGAGAGCCCGGCGACGAUUCAAUCGAUGAAGACGCAAAUGUGCGAUCUGAAGCGGAUGAGCUGUGUGUUUGAGGCGACGCAUCCGAUCGGAGGGGACCGUGAGAACGGAUACGAGGAGCACGGAUGUGCAGAGUGUCCGGUGGUGGGCUCACGGCUACGGCUAUUAUAGGAGCACCGCACAGAAAUGGCGCUCUGUUGAGAAACUCUUUUUGCAGUGCAAAUUGAGCGACCUCGGGGCCGAAUUUGAAAAGUUAGGCCACGUUUUCAGUGGAAAAUUACUUCGCGGCCUAGAAAUUCGGUCAGAUUGCGAACAGAGCGCCAUUUCUGUAAGAUGCCCCUAUAAUACUCUAGAUUAUUCUCUUUUUUGACAGAGCUCAAAGAAAAUGUGCAAUCAGGUGCACCGGGCGGGCAAAAAGAAGACGGUGUGCUGCUGCAAAACUCCAAAUUGUCUCACCACGGUCAGUUUUUCUUCUUUCAAUUCCGAAUUUCAAGUCAAAUUCAGCUGUACAAAGACUCGGAAAUCGGUUGGAAAGGUCGAAAAAGCGGAAGAUGUUCGCUUGGCACCUACGACAGUCUGGCACGUCCCCAGUGGAAAGAGGAGGGAUUCCGGAAAGAGUGCGGCACACAAUUCCACGUGCGGUUCAAAAGUACGUAUCAGCAAGUGUGUAGGAUGAGUUAAUUGCAGAAUGAAACGUGUCACAUGGCAAUAAAGACGUCAAAGUUCCGGGAUGUUCGAAAUGGGCGGAGCAAGAGCCGUCUGAGGAUGGAGCUCGGGUGCGGGUGUCCGUUCCGGCAGAUCACCGACGGAUAUCGUGAGUCACUGUUUCGCAAGUGUCACAAAUCUGUAGCAAUGUUUAAAAUUGGCUUAACUAUUCGUUUAAUAAUUGUGAAUUCACCUUUUUUUUUUCUGCGCCUCACUAGUCAGUAAGACUCGAAUCUGUCUACAAGUUUGAGUUUAACCGUUUUUUUUUUCCGAAAAACUUGCAACUUUUCAGAAAUCUCUAUGCACCGUGGCGUCGAAUAUCAGUGCUGUCAGGGUCAUAACUGCAAUCAGAUGCUCUACCGAAAUCUGGGAUUCGAAAAGAUUCAGAACACGAUAUUGCAGGAGGAACAACGAGGUUUUCUCGGUUUCAAAUAGACCAUAACCAGCUCACAUAUAAUCGUUCCAUUAUUUCCGCACUGAGAGAAUUUUUCAGAAUUCUAUCGUCACCUAAUCAAUGAAAAAGAGUCGUACACGUACCGAAGACACGCCGGAAAUCCCGAGUACUCACAUCCGAAAGCUGUUCUUGGUAUGCGUUGAAUCAAAACGAUAUAUCUCAGCAGCCGGUAGACAUGUCAAAAAGGUGUCAACUAACAAAUUACUCAUUGAAACAUGGAGUACAUUUUAUCAGUUGACUCCCUUUUGAUAUCUCUACCGGCUGCUGAGAUACGUGAAUUACACGUCGUUCAGAUGCUUUCCGAACCUACUGGACAAUCAUCGCUCUCUCCGUCACCCUCUUCAUUCUCAUCUUCUGCUCUCCCCUCAAGAUGGAACUUCGGCCGCCCGUCGUCUAUCCGGAGCACAAGGUUUUCGUGAACGUUUCAGAUCCGACAAUAACGUUCGGAUUUCAGGUGAAAAAGGCGCAAGAACGAGACGAUGACGACUUGGUGUUCGGCGAACUUUGA